AUGGAGACCGAAUCGGGGAAAUUCACAGUAAAGGCAGGCAAAAAGGGUUUAGAGCAGGUAAAAGAUUUAGAAAUUUAUGAGAAAAAAGAGCCAAAACCCACACCACUUAGUAAGGAAACUCAUGUGGUGAUUAAUGGUCGAUGGUUUGUGGAAUUAGAGAUUAGUCAUUAUUACCGAACUAAACCAGGUCGAUCCACCGUGAAUGAUGAGAUAAUUAAGGAAAAUAUGACAACUAAAAAUAAUAACUUAAAAAAAAAUAAAACUGGAUGGAGGGAAAUUGAUGUUUCGGAAUUAGAAAGAAUGAGACAACCAGGUUAUCGACGAAUAAAUCAAGGUUUAACUCCUAAUGCCACUCCCUUAGCAAAGAGCAAGCAUGAGAUUUGUAAAAGUAUUUUGCGCUAUAAAAGGGAGCAUAAUCUGUCAGAAAAAGAAAUCGGUCAACUAUUAGGAAUUAAACAAACUGAUAAAUUAGAAUAUCUUUUGUUUUGCCACAUUGAUUACUUUACGUUGGAUGAAUUAGUUGAUUAUGCUAAUUUAGCCCAUGAUCAAUCAGCAAAAAUUCAGCAACUUACCCAGCAGAUUCAACAAUUAGAAAAUAAUUUAGCCGGAGCAAACGAAGUCAAAACUCUUUAUCAGCAAAAAGCAAGUGAUUUAGAAACUUCUUUAUUAAAUUUAGGAAAAAGUAAACUAGCCGGCAAAAAAGAGUAUUUAAACCAAGAGGAAUAUAAUACAAAAGAAAAGAGGGAGAGGGUGAAAGAGUUAAAACUUUUUCAGGAAGGACUAGAAGGAUGUUUAGAUUUAGGAGAGUUUGCUAAUUUAACUAAAUUUGGAUGCAUGGAUAACUUCUUAGACUCCAUUGGUUUUAGCAAGAAUGUUAAUUUAACUAGUCUUGAUUGCUACAAAAAUAACCUCACCUUUUUGGAUGUUAGUGGCUGUGUUAAUUUAACUAGUCUUAGUUGCUGCAAAAGUAAUCUAACCUCCAUAGACUUCUUAAACCAAUUACCUAAUCCUGAAAAGUUAGAAGUAUUAGAAAUUUACGACAACAAUAUUCAACCGACCACUCUUGACUUCCUGCAACCUUUUGUCAAUUUAAAAGAUUGUAAAAUGGGACUUAAUAGUGUAGAACCAAUUAAAAACUUAACCAAAUUAGAAAAGUUUUGUAUUGCUGGCACUGAUGUUGAGGAAGGAAUUGAAUAUAUACCUAUUAAAUUAGCCCAAUUAUCCAGCCAAGCCGUAAAAGAAGAUAAGAAUACUAUGGAAGAAAACUUAAUUGAUUGUCAACCUUUACGAGAAGAUGCUAAAGUUAAAAAAAUCCAAGAUCAAUUAAGACCCUUUAAUUACGACCUAGAAGCCUGA